AUGGCAGCCGCAGCGUUGCGGCUGAGGCCGACGCUGUGCCCGGCAGCGCGAGGGCUGCGCACCUUCUCCUCAAUCGGCAUGCCCGCGGCUCCGAGAGCCGGCCCGCGUUCUGCAGUAUCCAGGAGUGAAAAGCGGACGAGAAGAAAGGCACUACCCCCUAGGACGGAGAAGAUGGAUGCUGACCAGGACUGGCCCAGUGUUUACCCUGUGGCGGCGCCAUUUAAGCCCUCGGCUGUUCCUCUGCCUGUUCGAAUGGGGUACCCUGUAAAGAAGGGGGUGCCCCUGGCAAAGGAGGGGAACCUGGAACUUCUGAAGAUCCCCAAUUUUCUGCAUUUGACUCCUGUGGCAAUUAAGAGGCACUGUGAAGCUCUAAAAGAUUUCUGCACGGAGUGGCCAGCUGCUCUGGACAGCGAUGAGAAGUGUGAGAGGCACUUUCCAGUUGAGAUUGAUACAGCUGAUUAUGUGUCAUCGGGACCAUCUGUUCGGAACCCCAGAGCACGAGUAGUGACAUUGAGGGUUAAACUUUCCAGUUUGAAUUUAGACAAUCAUGCAAAGAAGAAGCUUAUUAAACUUGUAGGAGAGCGGUACUGCCAGACCACUGAUGUGCUCACCAUCACAACGGACAGAUGCCCUUUGAGGAGGCAGAACUGUGACUACGCACUGUACCUGCUCACCGUCCUGUACCAUGAAUCCUGGAAAACUGAAGAAUGGGAACAAAACAGGGCAGAGGACGACAUGGACGAGUACGUGUGGGAAAAGAGCUCCUCGGAGAGAAACGUCCUCCAGACGCUGCUGCGGAUGAAAGCGGCAGAGAACAGUGCGCCGCCGAGCAGGGAAGAGCUGCUGGGCACUAAAGAGGUCGGAGAUUACCAGAGGAGUCUUGUCCGUCUCAAGAAUGAGGGGGAGACCGAGGCGAGCCUCGCGCAGUACAAGGAGUCCGUGAGGAGACUGUUAAAUCUGGUGUGAGGUCUGAUGGAACUAGUUGGAGUUGACAUAAACGGGACAGUACUUACGACUGUUGUCUUGUGUCC